AUGCUCGAGGGCGAGUACGACCCGCACUCGACAAAACAACAGGGCCCCGAGACCUACAGCUUUGCGAGCGAGCCGAAGCCCAUCCAAGUGCCCCGGAAGAAGUACCGGGAUCCAACCGACACGCAGAAGCGCAUACCCGUCAACAUCAUGUAUGACCGCCGCAUCCACCGCGGAAACACUUAUGCAUCGCCAAUUCUCCCAGCCAAUGCCCAGCCGGAUCCUGUCGAACUGCAACGAGCUGCCGAUCUCAAGCGUCGGCUCCGAGCAAAGCGACGCGCAGAGGCCCAGCGACGUCUGCGAACACCCGAGCCCGUCGAGGGCCGCAAGCACAUCGAUGUCCAAACCGACCUCUAUCUCGAGGAGCUGACCGACAAGGUUCCCGAGGCCUAUGCCGCCACCCAGACCGAUGCCUUUCUCGACCGUGCGCCCUCGCCGCUUUACAUCCCACAAAAAUCAGGCGUCGAUGUCGCGACGCAGGUCUAUGACGGCGAGCUGUUUGACUUUGACUAUGAGGUGCAGCCGAUCCUGGAGGUGCUCGUUGGCAAAAUCCUCGAGCAGUCCAUGAUGGAGGUCAUGGAAGAAAACGAGCUUGCUAUCCUCCGAAAGCACCAACUCGAGUUUGAGGAGCGACGAAAUGCCGAGAAUGCAGAAGUACAGCGGCUGGAGGAUGCCGAGCGUCGCCGCACGGAGGAGAAGGAACGACGCAUGGUCGAGCAGCUGCGUAUCCUGAAGGAGAAGCAGGAGGCCGCCGAGAAAAUCGCAGCUCGAGCAUUUGCCCAGUCGUACCUGCAGAACCUGGUGCCGUCCGUGUUUGAUUCGCUGGCGACGAACGGAUACUUUUACGACGUUGUCGAGAAGGAGGUCGAAAGCCUGUUCCUGCCCUGGCUCACGGGCGAGGUUGAAAAGUCCAUCGAGAGCCAGAGGACGGCCAGAAUACUGCUGGACGAUAUCAUUUACUCGAGCAUCAAAGCUCAGCGAGGUGCAAAAUAGACUGCUGGGGACAGCACGCCGUGCCAAGUCACAUCCACCGAUGGCUUUCGUUGUGGACGGAGCGGGAUUUUUGCACCGUACUUGACCCAAAGGAACAAUACAGUUCGCUGAAAAUAAGACAGCGCGAUAUCGAUUG